AUGAAGUGGAUUAACUUCUCGUCUCUCAUGUUCUUCGCCAUCAUCACAAGCUUCUCCUUGAUUCAAAGAACCUCCACUUCACCAGCUCUCCAUCCAGAUGAAUUGAAUGCGCUUGAGAAGAUAGCUACUACACUUGGUAUAAAGAGAGUGAACCUCAGUUAUGAAGACCCAUGCAGUUUAGGAACUCUAAUGAUUACACAACAAUUUGAUUUUGUUUUGAAUUCGGAGGUGAACAACACCGUUGCUUGUGAUUGUAGCUUCAACAACAAAACGAUAUGUCAUAUCACAGAAUUAGUUCUCAUGAAUUUUACUCUCGAGGGGAAACUUCCACCUGAGUUGGCCAAGCUUCGAUAUCUCCAGUCAAUCGACUUAUCCGCAAACUACCUUACGGGCACGAUUCCAGUGGAAUGGGCUUCAAUGUCACACCUGAUUCUCAUCUCUCUCUCCGGGAAUGGUUUGUCUGGGAAGUUACCAAGUUGGUUGCAAAACUUAAAGAAUCUGAAGUUCCUAGGUGUUGAAGGAAACCAGUUCUCUGGUCCUAUUCCUGAUGAGCUUGGUAACUUGACCAACCUUGAACGAUUGUAUCUUUCAUCCAAUCAAUUUACAGGAAGCUUGCCUAUCACUCUUGCUAAACUAGUAAACCUGGAGCGAUUUUGGAUAUGUGACAAUAACUUAAGUGGAACUAUCCCAGCAUAUAUUGGCAACUGGCCUCAGCUUAAAAGGCUAUAUCUAUACGCGAGUGGACUAAAAGGACCUUUUCCUGAGGCAGUGGCCAGCCUAGAAAAUCUUUGUGAUCUGAGAAUUAGUGAUACCACUGGGAUAGGCUCCUUUCCAUUUCUAUCCAGCAAAGUCAUUGAAACCCUAAUUUUGAGGAAUUUGAGUUUGUCUGGUCCCAUUCCUUCUUACAUCUGGAACUUGCCAACCCUAAAGAGACUAGAUUUAUCGUUUAACAAGUUGACUGGUGAAGUGCACGAUAUACAAAAGGCGCCAAGAUAUACCUACCUGGCUGGCAACAUGCUUUCCGGAAACGUUGAAUCUGCUUUCUUUGUCAACAGCAAACCUAAUAUUGAUCUCUCUUAUAACAAUUUCUCAUGGUCAUCAAACUGUCAUGAAAAGCGUAACAUUAACACAUACCGGAGCUCAAACUUGAAGAAUAAUUUAACUGGUCUUCUUCCAUGCGCUGGUCCAGUCAACUGCAAGAGCUAUCAGAGAUCACUACAUAUAAAUUGUGGUGGAGGAAGUUUACAGAUUAUAAACUCCUCCAGUAAAAUAACUUAUCAAGCUGAUAACAAUAAGGUCUUGGCGGCAACAAAUGUACACCUGGAAAGAUGGGGAAUCAGCAACACAGGUGAUUUUACCGAUGAUACAAGUGAUGAUGACACGUUCAUCAUUUCAACUAGUUUAAGAAUAUCUGGAGGUUCUCCUGAUCUAUAUAAGACCGCACGUCGAUCUGCACUCUCUCUAGUUUAUUAUGCGUUCUGCUUGGAAAAUGGAGCAUACAAUGUGAAACUCCAUUUUAUGGAAAUCCAGUUUUCAGACAAAGAACUAUAUAGUCGUCUUGGCAGACGAAUUUUUGAUGUUUAUGUUCAGGGAGAAUUGUUCUUGAGGGAUUUUAACAUUAAAGAGGAGGCUAACGGGACUCUGAAGCCUGUUGUGAAAGAAGUGAAAGCUAUUAAUGUGACUGAUCAUAUGUUAGAGAUUCGGUUGUAUUGGGCGGGUAAAGGGACAACUUUCAUCCCCAACAGAGGAAACUAUGGUCCUCUUAUCUCUGCUAUUUCCUUGUGUCACAGUGAUGAGCCGCUAUGCGGAGCGGAGAAAAUAAAACAUCACAUUAAUUAUCCCCUAGUUUUGGGGACAACGGGGGCGUUUGUAACAACCACACUCUUGGCCUUGGGAAUAUAUGCUUGGAGAAGACGCAGAGGAGACAAUAUUACGAGAGAAAGAGAUUUGAGAUACCAGAGUCUGCCAACAACUUGCUUUACUUGGAGGCAACUGAAAGCUGCAACAAACAAUUUUGAUCAAGGCAACAAACUUGGAGAAGGAGGCUUCGGAGUCGUAUUCAAAGGAGAGCUGUUGGAUGGAACCAUCAUAGCAGUGAAGCAGCUUUCUUCCAAGUCACACCAAGGAAACCGCGAGUUUGUGAAUGAGAUAGGAAUGAUCUCUGGUCUUAAUCAUCCAAACCUUGUCAAGCUUUAUGGAUGCUGUGUCGAGAAGAAUCAGUUGUUGCUUGUCUAUGAAUACAUGGAAAAUAACUCACUUGCUCUUGCGCUGCAUGAAAAGAGCUCCCUGAAACUGGAUUGGGUAGCAAGGAAAAAAAUAUGUGUUGGAAUCGCAAAAGGCCUUGAAUUCCUCCAUGAAGGAUCGAUGAUCCGGAUGGUUCACCGUGACAUAAAAACCAGUAAUGUGCUUCUAGACGCCGACCUAAAUGCAAAGAUAUCGGACUUUGGAUUGGCUAGGCUCCAUCAAGAAGAACACAGUCACAUUAGUACCAAAGUUGCCGGAACCAUGGGAUAUAUGGCUCCAGAAUAUGUACUAUGGGGUCAGUUAACAGAGAAAGCAGACGUUUAUAGCUUCGGGGUUGUGGUGAUGGAAAUUGUUAGUGGACAGAGUAAUUCUAAACACAAGGGAGGUGAUGAUGAAAUCUCUCUUAUCAAUUGGGUAACCUUAGAGCUUUCCUUUCUAUUAUCACAUUUGGUUCAUAACUUAUAAAGUGUAAUGAAACUUCUCUUUUUUUUUAAUAUCAAAUGUUAGGCACUGAAGCUGCAACAGAAUGGGGACAUAUUGGAGAUUGUAGAUCCAACGCUGGAAGGUGAUUUCAGUAGUAAAGAAGCCGUGAGGAUGAUAAAUGUUUCUCUUGUUUGCACAAACUCAUCUCCUUCAUUGAGACCAACCAUGUCAGAGGCCGUGCAAAUGCUGGAGGGAGUGAUAGAAAU